AAAAUUAUGGCAAUAAAGGCUUUCCGUACGAUCACAGUUUGCGGGAGAUUGGUGUUUGUUCGCCACAGCAUGAUCAUUAUGGCGUGGUAGAGAAGUUUCCUAAAACCAGUGAGUGUAGUGAGCAUAGAAAAUAAUAUUUUGGUAUGGCAGUGCUAUGGUGAGAGCUGAGAACACCACAAUGAUGUCCAAGAGAGAUCUCUACUCCCUGUACUCUGUGUUCGUAGGACAUUUGUCCCUAGAUGUGACAGAGGCAGACCUGCUGGACCUGUUUUCAGGUUGUGGAGUGGUAGAAGACCUGUUUAUUUGUGACAGAAAUUCAACAUCACAAUGUCUCUUUGGUUUUGUACGCUACAGAGACAUAGAGUCAGUUUACAAAGCUGUAAAAACUCUACACAGAUGGUCACUAAAAGGGAACAAGCUGGUUGUAGACAUCGCCAAAGACACAGGGGAUAGAAUUAAGAAAGAAGGUGGUGUGACAAUUAAUGUGAACAAAUUGUCAUCCACAUCCACCCCCAGUGCUCCUCUUGUCAAGGCGCGCCCUGCUGCAGUGGCUACUUCUAACAUCAUUCAGGAUGUCAUGCAUCUGGGACGACUAAAGGAGUGCUAUUCCACGGUGUCAAUGGAAGCUAAGCACCACUCUGGCUCCUUUGCUGAUCAGAAAACGGUGAAUGUUACGGACAUUGAUGAUUUCAUGGCUGAUAUUGAGCAAUCUGUUGGGGGUAAAUCUGCUAGGUAUGAUGGGAAAAUCCAGAAGGACAUCUCACCAGAAACUGUGUAUCAGGCACUUCUGAAUAGCGACGAUUUGAAUCCUGCAUUUGGAAUGAAUCGAGCCAACCAAUUCUUAUCAUCUUUGAAAGUGGUCAUGGGAAACAUGGCCUCAUUUCUAAAAGAUCAUGAGCUUAUGCCCACUGAGGCAGGGGCAAUCUCUAACCUGUGUGCUGGGGAGGAAGAGGAGGUGGAGGAGGAGAAAUCUGCAGAAGAAAACAGCCAUUCUUCACAGGAGGAGGGAAAGGUCUACCGAGACUCUGGAUUUGAGUCCGAGUUAGAAGCGAGGGAGAGGGAGCAAGAAAGCCCAGGUAGCAAUCCGUUUCCAAUGCAAAAACUUGUGUCUUCAUCUGUUCCCAAGAGUGUGUCUUCUGAAUCUUCUCAACAUACCAGCAAACAAUCUGAAAAUGAUGCACUUAAUUCUUACAGCAGUAAAUGUUCCUCGUUUGAGCCAGAGGUAAUGGAAUUUCACAAAAAAUCAGAAGAAGACUCAGAAGAGUUAAAUGACAGAGAUUUUGAUCACGUUGAGGAAGAAGCAGAAACAAUACUAGAAGAACAUGAAGAGCUGGUAGAGAUUGAAAUCAUGCCAACUUGUGGGAAGUCUGAUGAGAUUAUGGAAGUCUUUGAUUCAUUUUCUCUCAAAUUGAAGAAUGUAGAUGAUAGCAACUUAAAAAGAGAGAUGGUUGAAAGUAGUCAAGGCAAAGACAUAUUGGAGACUGAUGCUCCAUUAGAUCAUAGUAACAGUGAAAGUGGAGAGGACCAGAUAUUGUCUUCCAGGAGCAAUUUGUCAUCCCAUUCAGCAUCCUCAGAAAUUGCAAGGCCAAAAUCAAAUUACUACAGACCACUUUCACCAGUGUCCCCUGAUGUAUCAAUCAUUUCUUCAGCUCUUCACGCAAAGCCACCACCUUCCAUUUCAUCACCAGUUUCAAAUCUAUCAGCAACCAUCAGUUCAUCUCUUCAUCUGAAAUCAACAACAGACACAGAGGCAUCUCGUACAAAUGUAUCACUCACUGUUGUUUCAUCAAAUCCUGAAAGGUUACCAUCUCCAGCUAUUUCAUCACCCACCUCUCAUUCUCAUUCAAAGUCAUCACCACUCGUCAGUUCUUUUGCACAGAGCUUGAAUUCUUCCACUGAAAUUCCUGUGGAAUGUGCACACAACACUAUCCAUAGACCCAGAAAACAUCCAAGUUUCCAUAAAAGCAUCUCAGAUUCUGAGGUAUCAAGAUUUCACAAUCCCAAGGAGCUCCAGAGGACAAAUUCGACUACAUCUGAUAAAAAGGUUCAGUCUGCCAUAAGUCCUAAAUAUGAAGACUCUAAGAAACUCGAUGUUGGCGAAUUGUUUAAGUUGUGUAAUGGACAGAAGCAGGGUGUGGUUACAGAAAAAGUCAGCCUGCAUCAGAUUUUCAAUUUGUGCAAUGGACAAAAGCAGGAGCUGUCAAAGGAUGCAUGUCUUCAGACCAAAGAAGACUUGCAAAAGAAACAUGCUUCUUCAGGCGUCCAUCAAGGGGAAUUUCAGAAAUACUUGGAGUUGGCAAAGCUUGGAAGAGGCCGAGGACUUGGGAGUCAGAAGAAGACAGCUGGUUAAAUCUACAGGCAUUACCAGGUAUCUGAUAAAUAUGCAAAGAAAGACCAGGAUAUUUAUCAUAAAAUCUUACCUAGUUCCAUUUGUAUUACCUUGGUCAUUGUAUUUUCAAUAAUAGAAAAGGUAUAUAUUAUUCCUGUUGUGUAUAGAUGGUUAUUAAAUGGUUUUUCUUUUGUCUUCAUAUUUUUGGUAUUUCUCAGUUUUAACAGAUCCAGAAAGGCAUACUGUAAAAUUGAUGUUGAAUGAGCAAGUUGUUGUCAAUUUAAUUUUGUUUAAAGUAAUCCUUCAAUGAUGGAUGACCUAGCCAUGAAAAAAAGGUUCUUGAUUACAAAUGUUAAUGCACAAUAAUUACAAACAGGUAUAUCAUAUUCUGUUAUUGUUAUUUGCACACGUUCUGCCUGUAAAGAAGACAUUUUUCUUUUGUUUUUCUCCAUGAUUGUAACCAUCAUAAUAAUUUUUUUUCUAGAUAGCACUCUUUUGUAUAAAGCAUUUCUUCAUAACAAAGAUGGAUGUCAUCUACAUAACAUAACAGUGGGUCUAUGAAUGCAUCCAUGCUUGUAUAGGGGUAUGUGUAACUGUAUAUUAGUAUCCGGUUGAAAGGAUGCAUAAGAACUUGUCAUAUCUUGUCUUCAAAAUGCUGUCAGCUGGUUACUAUCAUUUUGUUGUACCAUUAGAUACAAAACUAGAUUUUUUUUGUGUCCCUGUAUUCCAGAUUCGGGACACCUGCAGUUUUCUACUUUUUUACCCUUUUUUUAAUGAAGAAGAAGUAUUCAGUUAUUAAGGAGGCAUAUCACAUCGUCAUACUGGCUGUGUAUUUCCCCGCCUUUCCAUCCCUAACAAUGUUCUCAUGUGUUAUCGCUACUUAUAUACAUGCACGUCACAGUGAUAUCAAAUUUUCUUUGGGACCAAUGUGACAGUUUUCAGUUUGUUAAUUGGGUCUAUAUCAAACAAUCAAUAGAUUCAGAUGUGUGACUACAAUUUUAUACAUUCAGCAUGAAAAAAGAUGUUCAGUAUGUGUCAUCUAUCAUUCAUAAAAUAAGGUCUGUUGAAAGUUUCAUUUCAAAAUGUUCAUGACUUCUCUACCCGUUCUUCUUUUGCUUGAAGUUGUUUGUCUAAUAUAAGAUUUAAAAAAAAAAAAAGAAGUUGAUUCUUGUACAAUUUUAAUGAACUACAUAUAUUAUCAAUCUGAAUAUAGAACAUGAUGUAUAAAAAUUAAGGUGUCCUCUUUGUUGGCAUGGUUUGUACCCAAUUUUGUUACUCUUCUGCUCUGUUAGUUUUAUUCUUCUGUGACCUUUCUUCUAUGACAAUGUUAGAUGGCUUUUUGAUAGAAAUUGGAUGAGCAUUUGGUGUAUAUUCGAAGGCUACAUGGUGGAUAUCUGAUGGACAUUGGAUUUUGCUUGAUGGAUAUUGAAUGGUUGAUAUGUGCCUGAUUGGUUACUUGAUAUAUAUUGGAUGAUGACUUUGCAUUUAAAAGUUAUUGACUGAAUUAUGUCCAUCUAAAGUCUUUAUGUUUUAUGUGGUAAAAUGUAUUAGGCUUGCGAGUUCCACAUCCACGCAACGAUUGAGGGCAGCCAUAAUUUCCAAUUUUCAGUCAAUUAUGUAUUACUCAGAUUCUCUGCACUUCUAGUUCUAGAAGUGCAUUUCAGAAGGAGGAGACAGAGUGUUCAGGUACGUUAUUAUUUGUAAACAGAUCUGACGUCACAAUCAUCUACUUAACGUAUGGGUAUUUGAAGUUGCAAUUGAGUGUGGAGUCCUGGGACAUCUACAGUGGGGGUGUUUAUAGCUCAGUAAAAGCACUGCUACCUUGGAUGGAGUCUUUAAGAAACUCAUUAGAAUAUAUAAUGACUGUAGAUACUGGAUGACCACUUGAUAGAUAAUGAUUUAUUAGAUGACUGUUUGAUAGAUUCCAGAUGGCUGCCGAUCAGUCAAGUGACCGUCUUAUGGGAUGUAACUCUUGUCUUUGUGAAUAGAUUAAAAGUCUGGCCUGAAGACCAUAAACUGAGAAUAGACUUGAAAGUUAAAUGUUUGAUUACUUAUAUCUAACACAGAUGAUUAAAAACUGCUGGUUUACAAAAAACAAAUAAAUGCAAACAUAUACGGAAAAUUUUAUUUGGUUUUGAAAACUAUUUCAAAAGUUAUUUGGAUUCAAAAUUUAGGCUUGAGUCUAUUCUCAGUGUGUGGUCUUGAAACCAGGUGAAUGAGAAGUACAGUAUUUUUUUUUAAUUGACAGUGUUGAGUACAUCAUUCAGGGGAUUAACAGUGUUGGGUACAUCAUUUAGGGGAUUAACAGUGUUGUGUACAUCAUUCAGGGGAUUAACAGUGUUGUGUACAUCAUUCAGGGGAGUAACAGUGUUGGGUACUAUUGCAGUCUUUUUGGUAGAGCAUGGGUACAUGCUGUCUUGGGGGGAAAUGUACCCCUUUAGUUGUUGGUUCACUUCUUACAUGUGCAAUGUAGUCAUUUAGAUGACCUUAUAUGCAUGUUAGUAGUAUGUGCUUAAAAUAGGUGGUAUGCACUUUUAAUGCAUGCUUUUGGAGUAGUUUUUGUAGGCAAGUAGAUGUAGUUGUGUAUUCUUUAAGUGAUACUAGAGGCAAUUUUUGCAUUUUUUUAAUCUCUUGUUCAACACUAUUUACACAGGAUACUGAUUCUAUCAGGAUUAUGAAAACUAAAUAUUAGAAACAGUAUGAAAACGUAGAUGGUAGUCGCAGCAAUCAACAACAUUGUUUCCUCUAUAUAUUAGUAUGAUCAGGGUAUUCAAAGUCUAGUUAUUUCCUGUUCAGACGUAAAUUUACGCAUUAGAUAGCAGGCAUUUUAUGAUAAAGGUUUGUUAUUAUAAUUAAUCUCGACAUCGUCUCCAUGCCCAUUUAAAGGUAAAUUUAAGGUUUUAUGAUAAAGGUUAAUUAUAAUUAAGCUUGGCAUGUUUUUUUAGAGGAUUGUACUUGAGACUUUUGUUUCCUUUUGAUUAUAGUAAAAUUAUGCAAUAUUUAAGACCCCUUUUUUUUUCCUGUGGAAAUUAAAGUAGCUGUAGUGCACAUUUAAGCAUUCCUCAUUUCAGUUACUUUUACCUGUCAAUGUUUGAAACUUUAGAUUCCAUAAAAAAGGUACAUGUGUUAACAAAUACCGAAAUGAAAGUAUAAAGUUUAGAAACAGUGUUUCGUUUGUAAUCGAGAGACUGUGUGUGGUUUUGUGGCAGGUUUCUGUUUUUGAAAGUUUUAGAUCUCUCCAGGAGUUCUUGAACGUUGCAAAUUAAACAAUUCAUUUCUUCGUUAUUUUGCCUAUUUACGACAGAUACCUUCUGAUACAGAAUAUCUUUUGUGAUAUGGUUUCUGGGUACGCAUUUGAUUUGAUACUGAAGGAAAUGUUGAUGUUUAGUUAUAUCUCUUGACACCGCGUUUAGGCUUCACACAAGUUUCAGCCAUUCCGUUAUCUUACAAGUUCCGGAUCAUUCAUUAGCAUUUGACGUGUUGGGUUAAUUGAACAAGGCUUCAUUCUUGCUUUUAUAGCUAUCGAACAUGUAUCAAACAGACCUAUUGGUUUACAUUCCUCGUUACACUCAGAUGUACAUGAAUCAUUGCUUAUCUUUAGCAGGAAUGACUUCAAUCCAAAUUAUAAUUGUAGUCGUCAUUUUAUCGACAGUUCACUUCACCGAACAUGUCCAUUACAAUCACGUGUUAUUCAGUAGAUUUGUCUAACACUCUAUUUUGUUUCAGUUUGCAAAGUGUAUUUAUCAAUGCACAUAUUUUUUUUUCAUUGUCAUUUUUACAGUAGAACGAGAGAAUGAUCACAAAACACAAUUGAAAUGUUCGUUGUUAUUGAGGAGGAAAUUGUUCGAUGUUGUUGAGGAGGAAAUUGUUCGUUGUUGUUGAAAAGGAAUUGUUCGUUGUUAUUGAGGAAGAAAGUUUUCGUUGUUGUUGAGGAAGAAAAUGUUCGUUGUUUCGGUUUGUUUUGUAUGCUGAAUGUGUAUAUGAAGGGCAAGGUUGAAUAGUAAAUAAGCUAAAUUUCUUGACAAAACUUGAUUGUUUUUAGCGUGCAAUAUAGUAUUCUUCUCACAAAAUUUUGACGAUGGAAUAAUAUAACUACAUACAUGUAUUUCAAAUUCACAUAAAAUUUAGUAGUACGGUACCUGUCGCUCAGUAGGGUAAAUCACUCCCAUCGAAACGAAAACGGACAUUUAAACGAGAUUGGGGUUUCGUAUUUAUAAAUUUGUCGGAAACCCCAUACUGAAUGACGUGAAUAUCGCCUUAACGAAGUAAAAAGCUAUGUUACAUGUAGAUGAUCAAAUAUAAUCCCGGAUAAACGAGGGUUGCAUUUUUCAGCACAUUUGUGUUUUUUCUUCAAUGUGUUUAAAAGUGAUGGAGGCAUACUUGAUAAGAAUUUUGAAGGUUACCUUUUGUAAAUCCAGGCCAUGACUGUAUCUCCUAGAACAGCUUCCUCUAUAUUCCACGCAUUGUCUUUGUAACCAGAUUGUAUUCAUGUUACUUUUACAUAAAAUGUUAUAUUUGUAAAACGUAUGUUAAUAAAGUUACUUUUUAUCAUUUA